UCUACGAAUCUUAUCUGGCUUUAUCGUAAUAUCUAUGAUAAUAAUUUAUCGAUUGAUGACGCAUCUGAAAUCCAUAUCGCGAAUACAUAUUAAUUCUGGUGGUCUUCACGAUUAUAAGUCGCGAGAUUCACAAAUAUGUCGUCGAUAAAUCGAGAAAACGAACCGAGAAUCAGUGUCUUCAAUAAUGACUACGACGAUAGCAGUUCAACUGAAACUGACGAAGAAGAUUCGCAGAAAGAUGUUCCACCCUGGGACAUGUUCAAAAGCUUUCCCUCUCAAAUAGAAAGUGGAUCUUUGCAGAGUAAUUGGUGUUUCGAGGUUACUAUUUUGUUCUUAAAAGUGUUAAUUUACGGGUUGUUAUUUAUCGUGGUUUUAUGCAGCGGUAUCACGGCUAAAACGGCUGUCUUAUUUGCUACCUCGCAGUUGCGGAAGAAUCAAUCGAUAUCAAUCGACAUCGAAUCAUUGCGCUAUUGCAAUGUUUCAGAAGAAUUUCUGGAGGGACAUAGAUUUUCGAUUAAACAUACGGAGGGCGAUCGCUUAAAAUGGACUUGGUGUUUGAUUUUUAUAUUCCUCGUGCCGGAAUGCAUUGGUGUAUUAAAUACGUUGUGGCAUCAUUUAUUCAAAAGGAAACCGAGGAUGCCGAAAAUACGAAAUAUCAUAUUAAUGAUCUUGAUAGAUACUCUUCAUACUAUCGGCUUGGUAUUAUUAACUUUUGUCAUUCUACCGGAAAUGGAGGCGGUGCAAGGCGCCGCUAUUUUCUGUUGUCUGUGUUUUAUACCGGGAUUAUUAAAUUUAUUCUCGCUAAAUGAGGAGAAUCGAAAUUUAUCGACGAACUUAUCAAGAUUAUUCAAAAUUUUUGACGUAUUGGCAUUGAUCGCACAAAUUAGCGGAAUGUUUUUUUGGCCGAUUGAGCAUAACUUUAACAAAACAUCGACGUGGAUCUUUCCCGUUGCUCUCGUAUUGUGUUCGAUUCGUUGGUGGAGCAAUUUUGUGUCCUUUCAUAAUAAUGUUGGUUUCGCACGAUUCUUAUUCUCUAUGAAGGAAGAUCUCCAGCCGGGUCAACACAUCGUACAAGGAUAUGUGUCCCUUUGGAGGAUUUUUAUUUUUAUCAAUGGUGCUCUCGUCGUUAAUGUAUGCGAAGGAUUGGACGCCAGUAGCUUCUUCUCACCUACAUUCAAGAACGUAUCGCAGAAGGAAAACUUUUUGACUGCAGAUAGCUUUAUGCCCCUCUAUGUUUUUGUGACACAAGCUAUCUGUGCCAUGAUAAUGUAUCAAGCUUGCAAAUUCGCCUACAGGACCCAUAUGUAUCAGUUUGGCUUCGCAUUUCCAACAAAUCUGGCUAGUCUAGGAACAAUAUGCUUGAUCAUGACUCUUUGCGAUGUUAGGAACAACAACUUCUGCGCCUUUUACAAUGUUUUUACAGACUAUUCUAUAGUCUUCUUCUUCGAAGAAUCUUUCUUCAAAAAUUGGAGCGGAUUUAUUUCCGAUUGGUAUGUUUGGUAUUGGCUGACAUGGUUGAUGUCGCAAAUAUGGAUCACGAGGCACUUAUGGACUACUGAGAACGAAAGACUGGCGUUAGCAGAAAGGAUCUUCUCCAUCAUCACUUACGACUCGCUUAUGAUUGACCAAUGUUUAGCCUUGAAUAAAAAAACACAGAAUGAGAAUGAUGAUGAGAACGAUGAGGAGAAAAACAAAAAUGCGGAUAUUUUGAAUAAUGAUGAUUUCAAAAUAGAAGCUACCGAUAUCAGUUUAGACGUUGGUGGAAUCGAGCAGGACUUUGACAGGGAAGAUCUGAACAGGACGAUCAACAAACGCAAAGAUCGUGUUACGAGAAUUUACGCGUGUGCUACUAUGUGGCAUGAAGAGAAGAACGAAAUGAAUCAUUUGGUGAACAGUAUCCUGCGAUUAGACAAGGAUCAGUGUGCAAUGCGCGUCACACAAAAACAUUAUAAGGUUCAGAUCGAGGACUAUUAUGAAUUGGAAACACACAUUUUCUUCGACGACGCCUUUUGUUGCAUGCACGGCUGCAUUGGUCUGUGCAACCAUGAUGAAAAUGAAACACAAGUCAAUCAAUAUGUAAUAACGCUGGUGGAAACGAUCCAAAGAAAUGUGGAGAAUUUGAGGAUGCAUUAUACACCGCCGAUUAAAUAUCCAACGCCUUAUGGAGGUCGUCUUGUAUGGACAUUACCUGCAAAAACUCAACUGAUAGUUCAUUUGAAGGACAGAAAUAAAAUCAGACAUAGGAAACGAUGGAGCCAGGUGAUGUAUAUGUAUUAUCUUCUGGGCUAUCGCCUAAUGGGUCUAUCAAUCGACGUGGAUCGGAAAGAGAUCGUCGCUGAGAAUACGUAUAUUCUCACGUUGGAUGGAGAUAUUGACUUCCGACCUGACGCGGUUAAGAUUCUGGUAGAUCUAAUGAAAAAGGAUAAGGAUCUUGGUGCCGCUUGUGGUCGAAUACAUCCGGUCGGAUCAGGUCCAAUAGUCUGGUUUCAAAAGUUCGAAUAUGCUAUCGGUCACUGGCUGCAGAAAUCCACAGAGCAUACGAUCGGCUGCGUUUUGUGCAGCCCCGGGUGUUUCUCGCUCUUUCGAGCGAAAGCAUUAAUGCAGAACAACGUAAUGGCGAAAUAUGCCACCAAGUCGACCGAAGCCAGACAUUAUAUUCAGUAUGACCAAGGCGAGGACCGAUGGCUCUGUACAUUGCUUCUCCAAGUAGGUUCUAAGGUUGAAUAUUCAGCGGCAAGCGACGCGUAUACUCACGCACCGGAACGCUUGAGAGACUUAUUCAUACAACGUCGUAGGUGGAUUCCCUCCACUGUCGCGAAUAUAUUUGAUUUAUUGAUGACUGCCAAACAGACGAGAAAAGUGAACGACGAUAUCUCGUGGAUGUAUAUCACUUAUCAAUGGAUCUUAAUGGGAAGUACAAUCUUAGGACCGGGUACGAUAUUUCUGAUGUUGGUUGGUGCAUUUGUUGCCGCGUUUCAUAUCGAUAACUGGAGCAGUUUCUGGUAUAAUCUGAUUCCAGUCGGCGUGUUCAUUGGAGUUUGUUUCACUUGCAAGGAACGCGUGCAGUUAAUAAUAGCUGAGAUCAUCAGUAUUAUGUAUGGGCUGGCGAUGGUGAUCGUUCCGGUGGGAAUUAUGUUACAAAUGGCCGAGGAUGGAUGGCUAGCACCCAGCAGCCUUCUCUUUUGUAUUGUUGCGUGCCAAAUAACGGUGGCUGGCUUAUUACAUCCCCAGGAAAUAGCAUGUCUAUUGUGUGGCCUUAUUUAUUACAUCGCGGUACCGUCUAUGUAUAUGCUGUUGAUUAUUUUCUCCGUCUUUAACGUGCAUAACGUCACAUGGGGUACGCGAGAUUCGAAGGCAAGUGCCAAGCCUCAAGAGGAGCAGAAACCUACGACAAUAGAUAAUCUAUCCAAGUUUAUAACAAGAAUAGGGAACAGUCAAAAUAAGAAUCAAAAAGGUUCAUUUGAGUUUUCUUUGGGAGAUCUUUUUAAAUGUGUCUGCUGUAUUCAUUCAGGAAUCAGUUAUGAAGAGAAGCGGUUGAAUGAGAUCAACGAGUCUUUACAACAAAUAAACAAACAUCUGAGCCUAUUAGACAGACAAUUACAUGCAACAAACAUAGAGGCAAACAAUGUUGCUCAGUCAUCUUCCAACACUGAUAUAUACGCAACAUCAUAUUUUCCAAUGGAAGAGAUAGUAGAAGAAGUACAUGAAGAAAUCGAGCUAGAACACAUGACUGAUAAAAGCGAUCGUGAGAACGAGAUUUAUAAGGACACUGAUGACGAUGAAAGCGAUGUUCUGACGCAGGUGUCGGGAAUCUCUAGCCAUGAUCGUUCUUCUAAUUUCCUUAUUAGUCCUUAUUGGCUCCAGGACGAAAGAAUGCGAAAGGGCGAGGUAGAUUUUCUAUCGAAUUUUGAGGAAGAAUUCUGGAAAGAUUUGAUUAGUAGAUAUUUGCGACCCAUUGAAAAUGAUGAAGAAAGUCAGAAUAAAAUAUCUCAGGAAUUAUUGAACUGUCGUGAUGCAUAUCUAUUAAAAUUCUUUAUGAUAAAUGCUCUGUUCGUGUUGAUCGUAUUCCUUAUGCAAUUGAAUAAAAGUAUAUUGCAUUUGCAAUGGCCACUGGGAUCGAAAUACAAUAUUACAUAUAUUGCGAAGAGGGAUGAGGUGCAUUUGACAAAAGAAUAUUUAAAACUAGAGCCGAUUGGAUGCCUAUUUAUUGUUGCAUUCAUCAGCAUAUUGAGCAUUCAGUUUGUCGCAAUGUUAUUUCAUCGAUUUGACACAUUUUCCCAUUUGCUCGCUAAUGCGAGACUUCGUUGUUGUUGUAAGACUUCCUCAAAAGAUAGCAGCUUUGACAAAGAUGCUGAUAAAAUAGCGCAAGAACUUCAACGCAUGGCAGAGGAUGAUCUGAUUUUUGAACUCAGGCGAAGUACCAUGACCUCUCCUAGCAGACGAAGAACAAUACACGAAUUAUCGAAAAAAGAGCCAUCGCAAGGACCGUCGAGGAUGUUGGGAAAUUUCGAAAGGCUAUUUCGACGAAAGCUUCGUGAUCCAAAUGUAUCAGGUUUGUCACGACACAUAUCCACACGAAUGUCAAAAGACACAUUUAACGCCUUUGAGCGGAGACGAUCAACUAUUCUAGCAGAAAGGGGAAGGACACAAACUCAGAAACCAUAUGAUAUUUACGAUGAUGCUAAUAAUUUAAGAAGGCCCUCGAAUAAUCAAAUUUUUAAGCAAUCAAGACAAUCGAAUUUUGAUCAAUUUCAAUAUGAUAAUCCGGGAUUUAAACAGGACGAGAAUACAUGAGAUAC